AUGCCCCACACAUCCCACCCCUCUCGCCCAAAACGAUCAACCCAAAAACGAACUCAAGUGACCGAUGGCGACGGCUGGACGCACGUUGCAAGCGGCAGCAACGUGCGGCGCGUAAUGCGCACUCGUCCGCGAGGCACGACUGCAGUCAAGGAAUCCGAGUCCAGGAUAAGCUCUAAUCCUGACCAGCUCGAACCCACUCUGACUCCCGCAGAGGCACCGGGUCGGCUCACGCUGUCCGAGCUGCAGGCGCAGUUCCAGACUCACCGUGAGAGGUGGGAGAGCUCGGAGAGCUGGACUAAGCUGACGGGCGUUUUGGAUGCACGGCUGAGGAAAGCGCAGGAACAAGCUUCUGCUCAUUCCGCCCCGGCCCGCUGCCCUGUUGACGCUAUUGUCUGUAUUGGGCUUGGGAGCCCUAGUGGGUUCUUGCGUGAUGGAUGGGUUGAUAGGCGCGCUGUGUCGCUUUAUCAGCUUGCUGCGCUGGCGAGCAUUAAGGAUCAAGUUGCUUGCACUACAUCCUCCAAUCUCAAAGUCUACGCCCAAGACCCUGUCUUCAACAACUUAGACGAAUCCCUCCUCGCAGCCCUAAAUAUAACAGUUAUCAAACACCCAGAGGCCUUCUCGCACAUCACGGCCAACACAAUGCUUUUCUGCCCCGGCGCAGAACGCAAACACCUCGAAUUGUUGCUGCCGUCAAAGCCGUGGCUGUUGUUCGGUGGCCCACUCGAGCAUGCGGAUUCUGGUGGUGUACUGCAAGGUUAUGUGGAUGGGUCUGAGUCGUAUUGUUUGCCGGUGUUUGAAGCGCUUGAGCACGCCUUUUGGAAUAUGAGGCUAUAUUGGCUUGCGGAUGUGGUGAGCGAGGAGUGA